UUUGCGUAUAUAUAUAUGAUGAUUAUUGGAUGCAUGCGACUUCAUUAUCAUAAUACAAUCACAAUUUGCAGCCAUGGAGAAAAAGCUUUAUUGCAAUUUGCCAUAUGCAUUGCUAAUCACCAUAGCCUUCCAAAUGCUUUCUUCUGAAUCCAAACAGCCUCUGAGCCUUGCAACUGAUCAAACUGCCCUUCUUUCACUCAAACAACACAUCACCUCCGACCCUUCUCUUUUACUCGCAACUAAUUGGACCAAUUCGAGCUCCGUCUGCAGUUGGAUUGGCGUCACUUGCAGCUUACGCCACCCAAGAGUAGCUGCCUUGAAUCUCUCCAACAUGGCUCUCUCCGGCACCAUUCCACCACAGCUCGGACGCCUCUCCUUCCUCGUCUCCCUCAACCUCAAAAGCAAUUUUUUCCAUGGAGAUUUGCCACAGGAACUGUCUCUCCUUCGCCGUUUGAAGUUCAUAUCUUUCCGACUCAACAACUUCACCGGAGACAUCCCUCCGAUGUUGGGUCAGUUACCAAAAUUAGAGUACUUGUCUUUAAGCAACAACAGCUUCAUAGGUUCCAUCCCAAAAUCACUCUCAAACCUAACAAACCUACAAUUUCUUGACUUAACUUACAAUUCUCUAAGUGGAGAAAUUCCAAAAGAGUUUGGGAGACUUCAAAGGCUACAAAUUCUAGCUGUUCAAUACAAUCGUCUAUCCGGUGCUAUACCAUCAGCCAUAUUCAACAUAUCGACCCUUAUAUAUAUGGCCUUCAUAGACAAUGAAUUGAGUGGAAGUCUUCCAACAGACAUGUGCCGUAAUCUUCCAUUUCUUACUGAGAUUUAUGUUUCUUACAAUCAGCUGAGUGGCGAGAUUCCCACAAAUAUAUCCCAAUGUUCACGGCUUGAAAGGCUGGACCUCUCUUACAACUCUUUUAGUGGGGAAAUACCUUCAGAAAUCGGCUACUUAACAUCCCUUCAGGGUUUAGCUCUUGCUUCUAACAAUUUGAAAGGAAUACUACCACAUGAGAUUGGCCAUCUUCAGAGUCUGGUUACUUUUGCAGCUGGAGAGAAUGAGAUUGCAGGCUCAAUUGAUUUCAAUAUUUUCAUUAAUAUGACUUCUCUGCAAAACAUAUAUCUAAACCGCAACAAAUUCACGGGGAACCUUUCAAGGGAUGUCGGGAAUAUUACCAUGCUAACAGAGUUAUACCUCUCGGAAAAUCAUUUUACAGGGCUUAUUCCCACUGAAUUUGGCCAACUUUACCAUUUGAAGAGAUUAGUACUACAAUUGAACACAUUGAGUGGUUCGAUUCCACAUGAGCUCUUUAACAUUUCAACUCUUCGGAUUCUUUCACUUACCCUCAAUGCUCUGUCAGGGGUUCUUCCAACCCAUUUAUGUCAUGCCUCUCCCUCUCUCGAAGAACUUUAUCUUGGCAAUAAUUCCAUCACCGGAACAAUACCCAACUCCAUCUCUAACUGUUCUCGACUCACAAUUCUCAUACUUGCUGAAAACAAAUUCAGUGGUUAUAUACCCACUCAUCUCGGCAACCUAAAACAUCUCCAAAGACUUGAACUGUACAGCAACAAUCUUACCCAAGCACCAUUUUCUUCCUUCAUUACAUUAUUGACAAAUUGCAGGUCUCUAACUCAUUUGUCAUUUGGUGAUAAUCCUCUAAAUGGUGUUAUUCCAGCUUCUGUCGGGAACUUAUCUUCCUCCCUUUCAACAUUCACUGCCGGCAACUGCAAAUUCAGUGGCAGCAUUCCUGUUGAAAUAGGCAAUCUAAGCAAUUUGAUUAAAUUGGAUUUGCAAGGCAAUGAGUUAUCUGGUAAUAUUCCACCAACUAUAAGCCAUUUACAUGAACUUCAAGGAUUAGAUCUGUCUCAUAAUAUGUUAGGAGGCUCAAUACCACAUGCUAUAUGUGAUCUAUUCAGCCUCAAUACUUUAGUUAUGAACCAUAAUCAAUUUUCAGGCCCAAUUCCUAAAUGUCUAGGAAAUGUCUCUUCUAUAAGAAAUCUUGGUCUAGACUCCAACAUGUUGAAUUCAAGCAUACCUUCAAGCUUAUGGGGCCUAAAAGAUUUGAACUCUCUAGACUUGUCCUCGAAUUCAUUAAAUGGGUUCUUACCACAUGAGAUAAGUAACUUAGGAGCAGUAAUACAUAUAAACUUAUCGAUGAAUCAGUUGUCAAAGUCUAUUCCUAGCACUAUUGGGAAGUUGCAGAAUUUGAUUAAUCUGUCUCUGGCAAAUAAUAGACUAGAAGGUUCUAUUCCUGUAUUUAUGGGAAGCAUGAUCAGUUUGGAAAAUCUCGACUUUUCGUACAACAACCUCUCUGGUUCAAUUCCAAAGUCUUUAGAAGCACUUCAACAUCUCGAAUACUUUAAUGUCUCUUUCAAUAGUUUAAGUGGAGAAAUUCCUAAUGGAGGUUCUUUUAGAAACUUCACUAUGGAUUCUUUUAAGGGUAAUACGGCGUUGUGUGGAAUCCCCCAGUUCCAUGUCCAAACUUGCUCUUCCAUUUCUAAUCAUAGAUCAAAGAGAAAGAAGGUGGAACGAGCUCUAUUUAUUGUUUUCGGGGUUGUGGCUUUCAUCUCAAUUGUUUCUUUGGCCUUCAUAAUUGUCAGAAACAAAAGGAAAGAUAAGACGACUAGAGAAGUUGAUGAGUUGAUAUUCAUUGUGCCGGAAAGAAUAUCUUAUUAUGAACUGCAGCAGGCAACGAAAAAUUUCAAUGAAAGCAAUUUACUUGGCACCGGGAGUUCUUGCUCUGUCUAUAAAGGAAUUCUUAACAAUGGGAAGGAUAUCGUUGUCAAGGUGUUUAAUAUGCAGCUAGAAGGUAUUUCAAGAAUAUUUGAUGUCGAAUGUGAGAUACUACGUAGCAUCCGACACAGGAAUCUGACAAGCGUCAUAAGCAGUUGCUCCAAUGAAGAGUUCAAGGCAUUGGUACUUGAAUAUAUGCCAAAGGGAAACCUUGAAAAAUGGUUAUAUUCCCACAACCCUUGCUUGAAUAUGAUGGAAAGAUUGAAUAUAAUGAUUGAUGUUGCAUCUGCAUUGGAGUAUCUUCACCAUGGUUAUUCAAUGCCCAUUGUGCACAGCGACUUGAAGCCUAGUAAUGUGUUGUUAGACGAAGACAUGGUUGCCCAUGUAAGCGACUUUGGGAUAGCAAAGUUGUUAUGCGAUGGAGAUAGCUUUGUGUUAACCAACACGCUAGCAACAUUGGGUUACAUCGCUCCAGGUGAAGUUUCUCUAAAUAUAUUGAUUGCACUCACUUUCAAUCAAUUAAUUAUAUGUCUUCUUACUGCAUACAUCAUGAUUUUUGUUGUUCCAGAGUAUGGCUUGGAAGGGCUACUUUCAACAAGGUGUGAUGUGUAUAGCUACGGGGUGAUGUUGAUGGAAACUUUUACGAGAAAAAGGCCUAGUGAUGAUAUGUUUUGCGGAGAUAUGAGCUUAAAGAGAUGGGUAGAACUCUCACUUUCGGAUGUCCCACAUGAAGUGAUAGAUGCCAACUUAGUCAUGAAUUUGGCGGAAGAAAUGAUUGACAAGAAUAUGCAGUGUGUAUCAUCCAUGCUUAAAUUGGCUUUGAAAUGCUCUGCCGACUCUCCUGGGGAUAGAAUCAACAUGAAACAAGCACAUGCAGAGUUGCAAAAAAUCAAACAUCGAUUUUCCAAAUGAGAUUCAAGUAAGCUAUUUCAAAGUUUCUAUGUUACUCCUAAAAGGAUAUUCAUAUCCCAUAUUUGUAUCACAAAGUUAGCUAAUGAUGUCUUCUUCAUUUGGUGGCUUUGAUGAGGCAUGAGGUGUUGAAGAUUUUGAAAAGGCAGUAGAUGCUAAUUGUGGUGAGGUGGAUGACAUAAAGAAUUGAAAAUUUGGCUUGGUCAUUUUGUUGGUUUUUGUUAUCACUAUUUGUUGGUUUUUGCUAUCAUUGUUUGUUGGUUUCUGCUUUUUUUUUCUCUUUGUAAUAGACAUGUAUAUACAAGAGCACACCAUACUGCACAUAAUCAGCAGCUGCAUCUAAAAUCCUUUCUCAUCCACAAUUUGGAACCAAUUUAUUUUCACAGAGGUAAACCAACUCAUAUAUUCACUCAAUAAUCACUAAUCUAUUUCAAGAAUCACCAUUUUUUUUACACAUGGAGCAACUUAUUACAAAUUGACUUCGAGUAUAUAUCUAUAAUCUAUACACUCCAAGGCACUUUUCAGCAUUUGAGCAAUCAAAGUAUUUUUAUAAGAAGAUGCUUUUGUGUGUGCGAGAGAGGGAGAUUUGGGGGAAGGAAGGAGAGAGAGAGUGAGGGCAGCGCCCUUCGCCGGAGCAUGAGGCGGUGGCGAAUUCGCCGGUGGCGGGUGGCUGCGUAGCAGAGGGUGAGAAGGGAGAGAGAGUAUGAUGUGAGGGAGGAGGGACCGAUGCAAGAGAGAGAGAGAGAGAGUGAGAGAUGUUUAAUUUUUUUUUUUAUCUUUUAAGAAUUUUCAAAAUUUGACUUUUAUGUUUGGCCCCUAUCUAUUUAAUUUUGUUUGGGCUCUUAUUUAAUAAGUGGGCUGCAUUUUUUUUUAAGUUUGGGCCAAUUUAUAUUAACAUCUUUAUUUGUUGGUUUGCCCAUUUAAUUUAUUAAUUGAACCAAUGACUAGUUAAUUUGAAUUCUGAUUUAAUUAAUUAAAUUUCACAUUAAUUAUUUCUCUACAAGUGUUAUUAUAUGCAUAUAAUUGUUUGAUUAUAUGUUUUAAUUUAUAUACUAAAGUCUUACCAAUUUAUGGAAGAAAAAUAUUUUUAAGUUGAUUUUAUGCUCAAGUUGAGUUUUUAAGUAAAAGUCGAGCAAGGGUAUUGUUGGAACCCUUAGCCAAGAAAAUGAAUUUCAAAUUUUAUUUUGAAAACUCGGGUGUUGCGAAUCUAGUUAGAAAGUGAUGACAAGUUAUGGAGGCUAAGGCUGAUUUUAGGACUACAGUUUAAGUUGAGAACUUAUCUUAUAGGUCCUACAGAAGAAGAUAUUUAGGUUCCCGAUCAAGCUCUAUUAAAUUGUUUGGAUUGUCUCCAAAUCAGGUGAGGCUUUAUUUACGAAAUGUAUGUUUGAGUUAAUAAGCUCAGUUUUUUUAAAAGUUAAAGUUGAUGGUUCAUG